UGUGACGUCACAAUUUUGGGGGUCAACCAUCGCACAAAAAGAUGGCCGCGAUGGAGCCCCAGUUAGGGCGCAAAACAAUCUCUGUUUGGAUUAUUCACUAUCUGUUUGUAUUACAUCUUAUUCCAUAUGGAAAUGGUCUGAAAUGCCACUGCAACCCAUGCCCAGAAACAGCAGUGAAUGAAACAUGCUUGGCAGAACCAGAGAGCAAAUGUUUCGCAUCUGUUAGGGUCAGUUACAUGGAAGAAGGCAGUUUGGAGACAUGGACAUGGGGCUGUCUUCCCCCAGGGGAAAGCUCUCUUAUGCAGUGCAAGGGCAAUGAGGUGCCUCAUUCAACACCCACCUCAAUAGCUUGCUGUGACUCAGGGGAUGAGUGCAACAAGGACCUUACACCUGAGUACACUGAAAGGUCAACCACUCUACCACCAGAUGCUGAAGAGCCCAAGAAGAAUGAAAGCAUGACCAAAAUAGCAUUGUUGGUGUCGGUAACAGUCUGCUUGAUUAUUUUUACCAUAACCAUCACCUUUAUCUUUCUCAGAUAUAGGCAAAGAGAGCUCCAUCGAAAGCAUCUUUUAGCUGAAGCUGAGAACGAGACAUUUAUUGGCAUGGGGGACACAUUGCAUGACCUCAUUGAGCAGUCCCAAAGCUCAGGCUCAGGUUCAGGCCUUCCGCUUUUGGUGCAGCGAACUAUUGCAAAGCAGAUAAGUUUGGUGCGCAGCAUUGGCAAAGGGCGCUAUGGAGAAGUGUGGAAGGGCAAAUGGCGUGGCGAGAACGUUGCUGUCAAGAUUUUUUUCACCACGGAGGAGGCUAGCUGGUUCAGGGAGACAGAAUUAUAUCAGACAGUGCUAUUAAGACAUGAAAACAUUCUUGGUUUUAUUGCUGCGGACAUCAAGGGCACAGGAUCAUGGACACAGCUCUUCCUGAUCACAGAUUACCACGAAAAUGGUUCUUUGCAUGACUACCUACAAGAUCGGGUGAUUGAUACUGGAGAAAUGCUAGCACUGGCACAUUCGGCUGCCUGUGGCUUGGCUCACCUCCAUAUUGAGAUCUUUGGAACCAGAGGAAAACCUGCCAUAGCCCACAGGGAUAUAAAGUCCAAGAACAUUCUUGUAAAGAAGAAUGGCACCUGUUGCAUAGCAGACUUGGGGCUUGCAGUUCGAUACAUCAGUGAAUCCAAUGAGGUUGACUUGGCACCAAAUCCCCGACAAGGCACAAAACGCUAUAUGGCCCCAGAGGUUCUGGACAUGACCCUGAACACAAACCACUUUGAUGCUUUCAAACAGGCUGAUAUGUAUUCAUUUGGUCUUGUGCUGUGGGAGAUUGCAGGGCGUUGCAAUCUUGAAGAUGCAUGUGAAGAGUACCAGCUGCCAUAUUACAACUACUUACCACAUGACCCUAGUUUCGAUGAUGUCAGGAAAAUUGUUUCAAUUGAGAGGAUUCGACCUGAAAUCCCUGACUGGUGGCAGUCAGAUCAAUACAUGAAGGUGAUGGCAAAAGUCAUGGGUGAAUGCUGGAGUGGAAACCCUGCAGCACGUCUGACAGCACUGCGUGUGAAGAAGACUUUAAGCAAGAUGGUUGAGCAGCACACAUCCUCGUUGCCAAGCAUGAAGUCUUGAGCAGAGAAGAGAAAAUUUGCCUGACCAUCGAGGAAAUGUUACUAUAGUUUGACAGAUACCUGAGUCAGGGGUGCAGCUUCACCUCAGACACAGGAUGUUUCAGAAGGUUUGGCGGCUGUUGCUGUAGUUCACUGAAGUUUUUAUCAACAUGAUCACAAGAUACCAGGGAGUGUCACAAGAAAGAUUCUUUGAAGAUUUUUUUUUUUGGGGGUGGGGGUGGGGAGGUGUCAAGAGCAAAGUGAAGAAGCAUGUGUAACCAUCCUUCUGCAAGGCUGCUGUCAACUUUGAAGAGUGUUUCUCUGAAGAGUGUGUCCAACGUGUUCAGAUAUGCUUACCUUCCAAGAGCAUUGCCAAUUUUUUAUUCAAUGUGAGGAAAGAUGUGCACAAACCAGCUGUGAAUAAUGCAGUCACGUGAAUGCUAGAUAGCUAUGUGAAGUAUCGUGAAGUGUUCCUACUUAAAUUUGUUGGGUUAGAAAAUUAUACAUUUUUAUGGCAAAGGUUGGGAAGACAUAGCUUCAUAUUACUCCAUAUUUUCUGGAAGAAUUUGGGAAGAACGUGAGGUGGCUUGUAAAGCUCAGGUUUACUUUGUGAUGUAACAAGGGGGAGCUGUAUGCAAGGAAGAGUUUAGUUGAGGAGACUCUGCUCUGGUAGUAAUGGUCGUCAUUCUGUAAACAAUGUCCUCAGGCUUCUUCAGCUUCAGAAAGAAAUAGGUAUGAUACCUAGAUAAACUGAAGACUGCUCAUUACAGUAAACAUACAGGGCUACACUACUGACGGAGAUUUAUUUCCCAAAAUAGAGUAACAGUCAAGAGACAGUCUUCUUGAGACCCCAUUUAGACAUAUGAACAUGUAUGUAAUUUUGUGUGCUUGUGUUUGUGUGGAUGUGCAUGCAUGCUUUUGUGUAUGUGUGUGCAUGUAUGUGUGCAUGCCAGUGUGGUAAUGUUCCUGACAUACAGGUGAUAUGGUAUUACAGACUUCGCAGUGUGGUAAUGUUCCUGACAUACAGGUGGUAUAUACCAUACCAUACAGACUUCACAAUUUUCACUCCAUCCACAUCACAACAACCAGUUCUCUUUUCUUUUCUAUGGAAAAAUUAAAGCUUGAUGCUUGAUUUUUCAUUUGGAAAUAAUGCUUAUUGAUGGACAGAAAUCCUGGCUUUUAAUUGUGCACAUACUUGAAAUCUUAUCAACAAAUUUAUUCUCAGGAAAGACUUUGCCCAAACUGGCAAAUGGCAUGUUACAUUUGUUGGUGUAAAAGGUUUGUGAUGACAAGCCUAAUAUAAAUGACUCACAGUAGCUGCACUAAAUUGCCACCUACUGCUGUUUUCCAUUUUCCCCACCAACCCCUAUACUUGUGGUUGUUUUUAAUGUGUUCAAAUGCAUGUAUUGAGGCUGCAGGUGUGUUUUAAGAAAACAUUGUUUUCCACUCCUCCUGUCCUGUUUGUCACAGCCGAUCUGAUUUGUGUUCUGAACUCUUAAUGUUCUCCUGUACAUCUGACACUUUUACAGGCUAAUUAAACAAGCCGAAAGAAAUAAAUAGUCAUCAGGUGUACGCAGCUUUAUUUGACUGUGCUUCAGUUCUUUGUUUCAUUAGCUGGAAAAGAAAAUCCUUACGUUACAGGGAAGUUUUCAUUGAACUGAAGUAAACAGAAGAAGGGCCAGGACUUGUAGUUAUUUGCUUGGUUACAGAGGAACCUAGAACCACGAGAUGAUUUUUUUUGUGUUUGCAACCCUCAAAUUUACAGUGGGUGUGACAGUUCACGCAAAACCAUUACCAAGGCUGGAACUGCAAUUGAAGUAGGCUUACAGCAAAGGCAAUAUGUAGCAUUCUGCAGGAAGCAGCAAGCUUUGGUUGGAGAGCUUCUUUGAAGUGCACUGUAAGACUAGUGUACCCUAACAGAGCUUGUGUUUAUUCCUGGUAACAAGACAGACCUGGUAUAUAUUUGAUUAAUGCUUUGUUUAGAUAGUUUUGUGGCGAGUGUCUUUACAGCACAAGGGUUGCAAAUUUGAAAAUGUCAUUGUUGGAAGUAGUGUAGUGUACAGCUUAUUUUGCUAGGGAUUGACUUAUUUAACUUUGUUAGCCAGUGUAUAUUUUCAGUAAUUAUAACAGUAAGCUUGUACUAAGUUAUUGCUCAUCUGUGGCAAAUUAACCUGUGUACAGCUGUACAUUUAGAUUCCUCUUUUAAUAUACAAGGUAAACAGUGGCAGUUGGCAACCAUGUGAGCAAAAGAAAACCAUCUGCUUGAGACAACAUCCAUUUUUGCAGGACACAGGAAAAGACAAAAAAGAGAGCCUUGCUUGAUUCUGGUUUUAAAGAAUAAAAGGGCUUAGUGACAGAUUUUGGUUUGGUUGUUGGCAUCUUGAACAGAGCUUUGCCCCACUGCUUGAGAUUCUGGUUCUGUGGAAGAUGUCUGGUUCCUUUGUCAGGGAUGAUAAUGUUUUAUUUGGUAAAAUGCUUGCUUUCUUUUAAUUUUACAGUGAUAUAUUGUUACAAAUCUUUUACAAUGCAGCAGUUUUACAAGUUCUUUUAUGAAUGGCAUGGUCACAAAUGAUUGAGUUCAUAUCAUGAACAACCAGCUCUUUUUUGUAGUGAUUUAGUUUCAUGCAGAUUUUAUGAUGAGUUUAUUUUUGCAUACAGCAUUUAUAGAUUAAAAUCUUUGAUUUUUGUUAAACAUCCACACAACAUCCAACUUUGUGAUAUUUUGUACCAUUGUUUUCUGCUACUUCUGAGGGUCUUCGCAAGACUGGUAAUGAACUACAUGUCUUUUAAAACAAAAUUAUAGGUCAGCCUUGACCUCAGUCUUCCUGUUUUCAGACAAGCUACUUGUUCAUAAUUAACAUGUAUAAAUAGAUUCAUUCAUAGCUUAUUGGUCAAUCAUGUUAUGGUAGGUAUUUUCUGGCUCAUUUCCUGUGAAUGAGAAAUCUUGGAGUAAGAGUGAAGGUCGGAUAUGUUAUUAGUUUCGCUAGGAAGACUACAAGGCAGCGGAUUCAAGGACCUUGUGUGUGCGGGGUGUUUGGCUGGCUGAAAGUGCAAAAUGGAAUAAAGUGACUGUUGCAAGGUAAUUCAUCAUCAUGCUGUGUGUUAAAUGAUAAUUUACCCUGUACAAGAUAUUGUAGCAGAGGUUUUUUUGGGUACUUUUUUUUUUUUUUAAGGGGAGGGAAUUGGUUGUGCCUGGUGCUGUAAAGCUGCUGACAAUGUGUAUUUUGAGGUGUUUUUUCUUUGAAACCUUGUUCUUCAUACAAGCAGAUUUAUUGGCAGUGAUUUGACUUGUUACCUCUGAUGUGUACAUCAUUUUACAUGUUUUUGUAAAUAUAUUAGUUGUUGGUGUUUAAGCAGUCAGUUGUAAUGAAUUUUUGCUUUCUGUAUUGUGUCCACAUAAAUUAUGCUAGGAAACUUAACUGAAUCAGUAGAUUCAGAGAAGGAAACCAACAGUGCAGAUGGUUCUGUGCAGUGUUGGUGUCAAAGAAUGUUAUUAGAGAUGUGGCAUUGCAGGGAAAGUUAUAAUUAAGCAAUAAGUGUAUAAACCUGUGCACGCAGACAAAAGCAAACUUGGUUCAUGCUACUUAGUUUUCCUUGCUUUUAAUACCAUGAUGUCUAGUACAAAAGAAUGCAUUGGCACUGAAGGAUCGUGUGAGAGCAGAAUGAAAGCCGUCUUUAAUUUUUCUGUAACUUAUUAGCCUUACUAGUUUUCAGGACAUUUGGAAGUAAGCACUUGUGCCCAAAAGUUCCUAUAUAAGAUUUCAUGCCAUGCACUCCUUCCAAAAAUACUUUCUGCUGGGAUUACAGAAUUGCAUACUCUCUUUCCCCACCCAAGUUGUUCUUUUAUGUACCCUUCAAAACACAUUUAUUUGUACCUUGUAGCUAAAAUGGUAUGAAAACAAAGAGUUGUUUACUAACAAACAUUCUGCUGAAGAUAUUAAGAGUUGAAGUUAAACUGCAGUCAAGGUGUCUUGGAAUGUCCAUUGAGUUCAUGUUCAAGUCAUGCUGGAGUCUCUUAGUGACAUGGGGAAAAGUUUUCUGUGAAGGAAACUGUUCUGCAAGCUGCUUAAAAUCAUCUGAAUCAUCACAGUCUGUGCCCGCAAAAGAUUGCAGGUGCAAAAGAAUUACAUUUAUCUGAAUCAUUGUAGCCUGUGUUGUGUUCAAGAAAAGUCAUAAAACAUAGGAAAAGAAAUAAAGUUUAUAGUAAGGCUGUAUAUUAUAUAUUAUAAAAAGCGAAACAAAAUAGAAAGUAUGAGAACCACAACGAAUUUAUUAGUGGGAUAAACUAGAUUUCAUUAAAGAAAAAAAAAGAAUUUGGAAGAUGCUUUUAGUUAUAUUAAAGUAGUCAUAAUGUAAAUGUAGCAUUUUUUUAAGUUAAAAAAUUAUAUAAUAGCAAAUAUUGUUACAGAUUCAAAGAGAUCUUUUGUUGUACUGCAAUCAUGCACAUGCACAAAAAAUGCUGAACAAGAACUGUUAACAUGAUACAGGGCAAUUGCACAAAAAAGGGAUUUUUGUUUAUGUGCCUGAUAAAGAAGGGCAGCACAAGGGUAAUUCUGUUUUCACCAGUUUUCUGUUUCCCCAGUUCUGUGACAAGCAUAUUUUCAUUUUGAUGUUCAGAAGUUUUAUGGUUCUUAAGUCUACCACAUGUAUUUUGGUUAUACGGAUAAAAGGUGUAGUGUCUGAUCAAAUUUUAUUCAUGGUCUGAUGAGUUUUUGAAAAAGACAUGUUUCAUGUGUUGCAUACACAUGCAGAACAGCAACAGAAGACAGUAAAUGGAGCAGCUAAUCUGGAGAAGUUUCUAGCUAAAUAUAUUGCUUCGAUGGCUUAAAGAACUAUUGUCUGCAUGGUAUCCUUUUUUCCUGCAACUUGUUUAUAAAGUGAUAAUUUAGUCAUUCAUGGCCAGUGUCAAAAGAAACUGCAGUGAACUGUCAAGUCAUUGCUUGAGUGUAACUUGCAUCAUGUCUGAUACCUGCCCAUUUAAAAGAGAAAUGAUCACCAAAUACAGUCAAGUUUAUUUUAAAUUUAUUAUAAAAAAAAACGGUAUUUUUGGCUGCUAAUGAGUUAGAGCCUGAACAGAUGAAGUUGCAUUUUUUUGCAGUUUGAAAAUUUCUUAUGCCUUCACAUCAGUCUCUGGAAAGCUAAUAGUCUUUUGUAGAUGGAGGAAGAUGGCUGAUGACCUUUAGAUGUGGCUUCUGGCACUUUUGACAAUUGUGGCAAACACCACCUUCAGAAAUUUCAGUGGAAAGCGGGUGAAGAAUGAGGGAGCAUGAGAAAAAGAUGCAGAAAAUUUUUUGUUGUGAGAGUGAGAUGUGGGAAAGAUGGUGAAUGUAAACUUGUUGAGACGUGAAAGCUGCUUACACACAAACUGUUGAAACAAAAACCACCUCAGGUGACUUGUCUCAGUUUUUGAAGUUGUUGAUAAUGAUGUGCUGACUGUAUAUUUUGUUACAAAAUGAUAUUUUUGCUUUCACUAUUCUUUUAAUUUGAAAUUGCUCUAAAUGGUUUGUUUUUAUAGACUUUUUUUAAUGCUGAUUUGUUAAAAUAAGAUUCAUGCACAUUUUAAUGCUGAUUUGUUAGAUUUGUGUAUGUGCAUCCACAUGCAUGCCUAUAUUUAAACUCUUAUAUGCAUACACACACAAAAUAACAUAACUGUAUCAGCUUAUGGCCAGUUUAUUUCAUAUCAGUAUUUUGAAAAGUCUCAUACAAUGUCAUGAAAUACUGGCAUUACUGGGAGGGGAUUGUCACCAGUGUGAUGAGGAAGAGCAUUGAAUCAAAGUGGGGUUUCUUUGGUUGGUUGGUUUUUUUGUUUUUUUUUUUGUGGGGGGGUAGGGGCAGUGGUGUUUAUGAUGACAGCAUUGUACCAGCUUCAUACUGCAGAAAAUUCUGGGAGAGAAGCAUAGCCAGUGCGGCCGUGGAAAGGAAGAAGUGUACCUCAAGAAAUAAGGGUAGUUUGUGAAGUGUGCAGACACUGUAGGCAUGAACUUAAACUCAUAGGCUUUGUGUCUCGAGGAACUUGGCGUAUUUUAUUAUCACAGCAAUUUACGUGUCACAACAGAAACGUGUCUGAGAGGUGGCAGAUUUUAUGCUUGUCUUAGAAGUUAAUUAAUGGUCAUUCUUCGUUUACAAAAGCAUCCGUAAGCAUUUCGGGGCGGUCCGGUGGCGCAACGGUUAGCGCCUGUCACCAACACAGUGAAGGCUGGCUGUCCUGGAUUCAGUUCUCGUCUCGGACAAGCUGUGCUUUCUAUACAUGUGACAUCUGUUUACAGGGCUGGCUGCCUUGCCGUGAUAUAACCUUAGUUGCUGGCUGGGUGUAAAACACCGAUCCCCCCCCCCCACCUCCGGUAAGCAAUUCAAACUGCUUAACCCGUAUCUCACUCGCUUUGUGUACAGAAACAAAACAUAGUCCACUGUGUUGUUCGUUUGUGACUGAAGACAUUUUACGCCAUCUAGAAGUUACCUGAACUGUUUGGGGUUAUGAACUGAUAGUAUGUAUAUUUAUGAGAACAAAUGAAUGAGUAAAGUCAUUGUUCACUACCUGAUGCUGAGUCUAUUAUGAAUAAACUAUGUAUUUUUAA